AAUAAUCAUUGGCUGUCGUUCGAGGCGCUGUUAUUUGCGUGUUUGAUUUGUGUGGUUCGCCGGAUUUUAUUAAUUUUUUCGCCAGAUUUAUUUGUUGUUUAUAUUUAAUUGAUCAAUUUAAUGAAUAAAGUGAAUGAAUAGUGUUUUGAUAACAGUUUUGUAAAAUGACAGAAUUAUGCACAUUUCAGAGCAACGAUGCUCAAUAUACAAAUUUUAUUAGAAAUUCUAUUAAAAACUUUUAUAAAUGCCCGAAGUGCAGAUCCCAGUUUUCUGUUAAACGAAAUAAUGAAACAAAUAAACGGCUUCGUCCAUAUAUCUUACCAUGUAAGCACACAGUCUGUGAAAGCUGCAUAAUAAAAAACAUUCGUUGUUUCGAAUGUCCUGUCUGCUUGAAACCUGUGUUAUUUCCGAAAUUUCGCAUCAAUAUCCGAGAAUAUAUAGAAUUGGAUUUUUAUUUAUUGGGUUAUUUAUAUUACUUUGAUUUGCUUGAUGAAAAUAAAGAAGCCAUUGUAUUACGCGAGAUCAGCCAGAAAGCCAUUGCUCCAAAACCUACUCAGAAAUGCUCUGAGUGCGAACGACAAACUGCUUAUGGUAAAUGUCUUCACUGCAAGGCAUUCUUUUGCACUAGUUGCUUUACGCAAGUACACGCUACAAGUAAAGUUCUAAGAAGUCAUCGGCUUGAUCGGAUAACAUCAGAUGAGUUCAAUUUAUAUGUUCCAAACAGAUGUUACGCGCAUCAUAAUGUCAUAAACUAUAUUUGCAUAACUUGUGAUGAAGAGCUAUGCAAGACUUGUCGGCGUCUCACAGAUCAUGAAGACCAUGAUGUAAAGCGUAUAUUUGAAGAGAAUCAACUUCACCAGGACGACAUUACUCAUAUGUUGGAGUCAUUGAAGAGAUUUGAUGAAGUAUUAGCGAAAUCAGAAAAGGUAAGUAAAUACACCUUCAUGUUUGUUAUAAUAUUGCACUGGACAAAAUUCAAUAUUUUUAAGAUAAAUACAUAA